GUAAGUAAGCAUUUCACGGUAAGGUCUACACUUGUUGUAUUCGGCGCAUGUGACAAAGUUUGAUUUGAUUUCAGACUAACUGAGAUAAUAACAGAACUUUGCCCACAUCUGUUCAUGCAAAAAGUAUGUAGAGUAGGUAAUCUAUUUGUAUAACUUGGGACAUACUGUUGAAACCCCCCCCAUCGUUUCUUUCUAGAGUGGUAAAAGUGACGUGAGAGUCAUACACAUGUGGGGGAAGUUGUGGGGUGUUUUUCCUCACCGUUGCGGGGAACUGCAAGAGGUGUUAAAUACUAGAGGGUUUAAUUAAAUAUCACUUUGACAGAAGCCAAGAAGUCAGGCUUUUGAUCUCUCAAACAUUAUGGAUAUUCUGGGUUCACUACUAAUCAUUUUGCUGGGUACUAUCACAGGGACCAGGGCAAAUGUCCAUCCAAUAGACAAAUAUGGGUUGAAGGGCGGUGCGGUGUGUUUGACAGUUAGAGAAAACCCUCUUCAAGAGAUGGCGAUGAAAUGGAUAACUGAUGGCAAUGUAAUAGCUGUGAGGGAAGAAGUUUCUCCUCGAUACAAGGAGAGGGUCGAUUAUAACUCCACAGACCACUCUCUUUGUCUCAGGAAACUGGAACAAACAGAUACUGGAAUCUACAUUGCAUAUAAUGUUGAGAAAUGGAAGGAGACAAAAAUAAUCAAAUACAAUUUGAUGGUCCAAGAAGCUGUUUCCAUACCAGUCAUGGAGGUGGUGUCUCGCUCCUCCAACUAUAGUGAUGGAAUGUGUGACGUCACAGUGAACUGUUCAGUUACAGGUGUGUGGGUGUUGUCUGUCUGUGAUGGAGGUCAGUGCACACUGUCACAGCAGUCUCUUUCACACACCAGAGUCAACAUCAUCAUCUCCAAUGACAACGGGACUAUCCAGUGCACUGGCAAAAAUAACUUCAGUGCAGAGACCAACUCACAACGCAUGGAGGACAUAUGUAUAGGUGAGAAGAAGGGGAGAGCUUCAACAUUACCAGUUGGGACCAUUAUGGGCAGUGUUACUGGUGUAGUCUUCUUUGUUGGUGUGUUAGUUGGUGUAGGAUACAUCAUAACAACCAGAAGACGGCAAUCCCCUAAAGAGCAGCAGUCAAUGCAGGCCGUUGUUCCAGAAGUUGACAACCCAGUGAGCACUAUACCAGGAAGACCAGAACUACAGAACACCCUGGAUCUGAGGUGA